UUUUGUUAGCUUCCAACGCAAGCUGCUCUCUGCUUCUUCUGCUGGCUUCUUCUUCUUCUUCUUCUUGUUGUACGUAUAUAAAGCGCUCAAACGCUGUGUCUUUCUUACAUCUACAAAAUUCACAAAAACCAACCAAGAAAAAAAAAAUUCGACUUUCUCAGAAACCAAACAAAGCUCUCAAUGCCUCACUGCUUUCUCGCUGUACAAGCUUAAAAAAGCUUCCUAAUUUUGCUUCAGCUCACUGUUUCUGUCUUCCAUUUACUCUUUUCUUUGCGGUUUCCUUUCUGAAUUGCUUGGAGUGUAAAAGUUUCGGUUUAUGUGAUUUUACAAGAGAUAUGAUGGAAAAAGUAAAAGAGGAGAAGGAGGAUUUCAUAGUUGAUUCUGAAAACGAAAUUGGAUCAUCCUUAUGCCCACUAUCUGAAUGCAAUUAUGCUUCCCCUGCUUUUGGAACAGGUUCUCAAAUUGGGAGAAGGCAUGGUCCGACUAGACGCAGGAAAGGAGGCUGGACAGAAGAAGAGGAUAAUCUUUUGACUACGAUAGUCAAAAAGUUCAAUGGGAGGACUUGGAAAAAGAUUGCUGCAUAUAUCCCUGGGCGAACAGAUGUUCAGUGCUUUCAUCGCUGGCAAAAGGUUUUAAAUCCUGACCUUGUCAAGGGAUCUUGGACAAAGGAGGAGGAUGAUCUUAUAAUCCGACUAGUUGAUAAAUAUGGUUAUAAGAGAUGGUCUACUAUUGCAAAGUACAUACCAGGUCGCAUAGGCAAGCAAUGCCGAGAAAGGUGGCACAAUCAUCUAGACCCUGUUAUAAAGCGAGAUAUAUGGACGGAAGAGGAGGAAUCAGCUCUUGCUUAUUACCACCAAAUAUUUGGUAACAAGUGGGCAGAGAUAGCAAGGUUUCUACCUGGAAGGACCGACAAUGCAAUUAAGAACCACUGGAAUUGCAGUCUGAAAAGGAAAUCAGAUUUAUGCUCACUUGAUGAUGGUUGUCAAGUACAUAUGUGCCAAACUACAUCUCCUGAUUCAUCUAGCUGCGAAAUAAGUCCAGCUUGCGAGAAGAUUGGAAUGCAGAGAAGAAGUUCUGAUGGAAUCAUCUCUCCAACUUGGGAGUUGCCACUUGGUGAUUAUGCUUGUUUCAUGAAGAUAGGUCUUGGAAAUACUUUAGGGCAGACAACUUUCUCACAAGAAAAAACUGACAAGGUAGUAAGUCUAAGAUCUUCGGAAGAAGGUGCAAGCGGAAUGACAAAUAAGAUAAAUGAGAUGCAGGUUGAUAACAGUGCCAAGGACAGCUCUUUAGUGGUCUCUUCUUCGGAUGUUUCAUUGAAUGCAACUGCUUCUACUAGAUUAAAUGGUGAGGUUGUUCUUCCUGUUGCUUCCGGUACAAGUGAAUCUCCUAAAAGGCUUAAUCAUUAUAACCCAGGACUUGUCAAUUUGGGAGUGGGAAACAUACCUGUGAAUCCCCAUCCAAGUUCUUUAACAAGGGAAUUUGAUGAGAACACUGGUCAAGUUGGAAAUCGAAAGAAAAGCCAUGAAAUACUGGUGUGUACAGAGGAGACAAAUCAUGGUUGCUUGCGUUAUGAGCCAUUGUCCCAGGAGAAUUUGGGUACCCCAGUAGGCCUUAAAGGAUCUUCCAGUACAGAUCAAAAAAGUCCAUCUUGCUAUUCUACCCCCACUGAACGCGCACAGAAUUUGCAGGUUAAUUAUAGCAGUCCAGAAUCCAUAUUGAGGUUUUCUGCAAUGACUUUUACAAAUACUCCUUCCAUUAUAAGAAAGAGAAAGUCGAGUGCUGUUUAUGCUAAGUGUUCUGAUGUAACCUCUACACCUAGAUGGACAGUUCCGAGCAUUCAAGAAAUAGAUAUCAACAGCCAGGACUUUCCAAACUCAAAGCAAGGUUUAAUUUCUUUCUUUCAUAGACCUGAAACCUCCGUUGCUGUUAAAUCUUUAGAAAGGUGCCUGGAACAUGCAUUUGAUGUGGAAAAGGAAUCAGCUGCUGUUGGUAUUGCAAAAUAGUGUCUGCAGUUGCAUCUGCCAAUGUAUAGAUAUUGACAUACAAUCUUUUCUUUUCUUUUUUCUUUUCUUUUUUUUUAAUUUUUUCCCUGUUCUUGUUUUUUUUUCCUUUGUUUUUUUUGGGUUAUCAAAGGGCUCAAUAAAUGCAUCAGUUAAAGAA